AUGGCUUUAUCUAAGGGACCACUGUCACCACUAGCAAAAGCUGAGAAGAUACACAGAGUCACUCCAGUACUACAAGGCAGCAGUUAUGUAGCAGCUAUUGACUUUGGUACCUCAUCACUAUCAGUAGCAUACACCACUCCAACAGAUGGACGGAUCGAACUAGUACCACUACACAGCACGUAUGAGAGGGUACCUAAUGCUUUAAUGAUACUGAAGGACCAGGAGAACCAGCAAUGUAAAGUGACUGGGAUUGGAUAUAGGGCACAGAGCAUUUAUGGUGAUAAAAAAAGAGGAGCUCAAAAUUUUAUUUAUUUUGAGCGAAUAAAGACUUUACUGGAGAGAGAUACAACAUUACAUCGAGCUACUAAAGUCUCUCCAUUCACUGGUGGUUCUUAUUAUCUCAUUGAAGUUAUAGCUUUUAUACUAACACACCUCAAGGAGAAGCUACUGACUGAUCAUCUGAAGAGAAACUACAAGUCAAGUGAUUUUGAUUGGGCUGGUCUCACUUCUGAUGCUCCUUGUGGUAUAACAAGGUUCACUCCAGUUGGUUCUCCUUUACCACGUCCAGAGGAGGUUAAUCCUGAGAAGCUAUCAUUAGCUCUAGAACCAGAAGUAGCUGCUAUAGCUGCACAGCAUCAGUCAGAAGUAUCAGGAACACCUCCACAGAGAUAUAUGGUAGUUGAUAUAGGAGGAGGUACAGUUGAUAUUACUGUACAUGAUAAGAGUAAUGGGAGAAUUAGUGUAGUAUUACCACCAAUGGGUAACACCUGGGGAGGUACUACUGUCAAUGAAGCACUGUCAAUGAUACUGGAAGAGAUAGUGGAAGACAAAGGUUUCCAGUCUUUCAUAAAUUCAGAUCCAACUCGUGCUAAACCUGCUCUGAAUAAGUUUUUCUAUGGAGAGUUUGAAGAACAGAAAAAAACAUUUGGUGACACGACUGAAGGCAUUAAUGAAAUAUCAAUGACGCUACCCCCAGCCUUUGUAGGAUUCUAUGGUAGCCACAAGCUACGUGAAGCAAAGAAGAUGGACAUGCAUUAUGAUCCUGGAGAUGGUUCGUUAGAAAUAGACUAUUGUCAGUUGGAAGAGAAGGUAUUCAAAUCAACAGUUGAUAAGAUCAUAGAGUGCGUGAGGACAGCAUUUGAUGAGCUAACAGAUCAAAUAGAUACAGUUUAUCUAGUAGGAGGGUUUGGAGGUUGUAGGUUUGUUAGUCAAAAGAUAGAGGAAGCUAUCGCUCACCAUCGUGGUAUUCUUUAUGAUAAUAUAGUGUGCCCUAUAAAACCAGAUCUUGCUGUAGUAACAGGAGCAGUGACGUGGAGGAAAGAUCCUAACAUAAUCCAAUCACGUGUUGCUGAUGCUACCUAUGGGACAAGUGUUGGUACUGUAUUCAACCCAUUAAUACAUGAUGAACAUUACAAGUAUGUAGAUGAAGAUGGCGUACAAUGUUGUGGCAAUGUAUUUGAAGUAUUUGUACUCAAAGGAGAAGAAAUAAAGGAUGAAGUAUAUAAAGAAACAAUAACACCUGGUUCUCAAAGCAUGACGCAAGUAUGUAUUCCUAUAUACUGUACACCAGAUGAUGGAGUCCAGUAUACAAGAGAUAAAAAACGUAAACUAAAAGUACGUGAGAUUGGCCAGCUAGUACUUGAUAUUCCUAAUCCUAAUGAUCUACCAAAGGAAAAGAGAAAAAUCGAUGUAUUUAUGGAUUUUAGAGGUACAGAGAUACAUGUACAAGCAAGAGCUCAAUAUCGUAUUACUCAAGAAGAAGUGAAAACAGUUUGUGACUUUCUAUCAAAACAAGACUAA